AUGGAAAGAGCAGAACUAAAAGCCGGCCGGGUGGCCGCAUCACUGACGAUCCUUGCCAUUUCCGCUAUCACGCUCUACGCAGCUUGCCUCCGGUCAUCGACAAUCUAUUUUUAUGAGCUCGACACCACAACAGUAGUAUUCAUGAGUAUGCCGUUGGCAGUGCUAUUCCCGCUAGUACUAUCGCUAGCCCUGUUCGUCACCUAUUUGAGCAAGAAGCCGAAGGAGAUGGCGUGCCAGACGUCUCCACCUUCACCUGAGAAGAAAUCCACACGCCGGUUCUCAAUCAUGGCUUCUCACAAAGGAUCUGAUCUUCGGCAGAUAAUUGAAGAGAAAGAACCUAUGAAGGAGGAGGCAACACCAUUAAAACAGAAAGCAGAGACGGAGAAGGAAGAAACGAAAGAAGAAAAAUCAGUGCGCAAAGACUCAUCAACAAUGACAACAACGGAAGACGGCAACAACGACACUCCAGAAUUCUCGCUCGGACAAUCAGCCCCAACAAGUCCCGAGCCCGAAUCGGAUGAGGCGACAACGCCACCAACAGCGCGACGCACAAGUUCAACGAGUCGGAUUCAGCGUGAACUCCUCCACCGGCCCAGAAAAGACAGCUUAUUGGCCCGUGGCACUUCCCAAUCAGCGCUCAUCAAGUCUGAGCCCCGAAAGGAGCUCUGUGAAAUUUUCAAGGAGAUCGAGCAGGGAAGCAUUUGGAUGUAUGCGCUCGGGGGCUUCGAUGCGAAAAUAUUUCCGGGUGAUCGGCAUUCGCAAUUCAAGCCCAAGCACACAUUACUCAAUCUCAUAAUUGAAAUCCUGGCCACGCACGUACCCAUCUGGCUCUGCGUAGGAGCGCUCUACUUACUAUCGCUCGAGUUUUUGAGGAUGAAUUUUGCAUAUUACUUCUACUUCCACGAGGACGUUAUGGAAUUCUGCGCGCUGUUCUGCGCGCUGGGCGUAGGCGCGGUUCACGAAUAUCGUGCCCACUGGAUCACCAACGACAUCUUGGCGUUGUGCAGCAUUUAUGUGGUCGUCAGUCGGUUGCAGCCAGUCUCCUUCAUUUCCGCAUCCGCACUCCUCGGCGGCUUCUUCGUUUUCGACCUCUUCUGGUUGUACAUCGUGGACUUGUUGUCAACUGUCGUAUCAGAAUCAAAAGCUCCAAUAAUGCUCGUAGUACCCAGAGAUAACAAGGGAAAUAAGCAGUAUCUUGCCACGUUAGAUGUCAUAGUUCCAGGCAUUUUCCUAAACCUUGUGCUCAAAUAUAGCUCGAUGUACGACAAAAAGCUCUUUUUCAUCGAGCUGGGCGGGCUUUACGUCAGUUUACUAAUUACGACGUUCGUUGCAAUUUGGAAAAGGCGCACGACUCCAGCAAUGGUUCUUCCAGCGGUCGUUUUGAUCAGCACCAGCCUAUUCUGCACCACAACCCCAGACAAGUUGUGGAAAUUCAUGAUCAAGCAU